UCCGCUGCCGACCCGGGGCAGGCCGCAGGCUUCGAUUGGCUGACGCAGGCUUCGAUUGGCUGCCGCGGACAGCGGUGCGACGGCGCGUGCGAGGGGAAAGUACGUCGUGGAGGCCGCAAUCCCUGUUCCCUCGCCCAUCCUCAGGCCGGUCACUCUGUCAAGUCAAGUAACGGCGCGACCAAAGCAGCCGAGCACUUCUGUAGGGCUGGGAAAGAAGGAGCCGCCGUCGUCAUCUCCGCCAUGGCUUCGUCUUCGUGGGCGUCGAAGGUCUUUCGUUUACUUGGGGGGUUCAAAAGCCAAAAACAGGUGACCAGAAGUUUUGGUAGUUCUGUUCAGACAGUAACUUUGAUCCCAGGAGAUGGCAUUGGACCAGAAAUAUCUGCAGCUGUUGUGGAGAUUUUUGCAACCGCUAAGGCACCUGUUCAGUUUGAAGAGAGAAACGUGACAGCAAUCCAAGGACCAGGAGGGAAAUGGAUGAUCCCUCAAGAUGCCAAAGAAUCCAUGGACAAGAACAAGAUAGGACUGAAAGGCCCUUUGAAAACUCCAAUAGCUGCUGGCCACCCAUCCAUGAACCUGCUGCUUCGUAAAACAUUUGACCUUUAUGCUAACAUCCGCCCUUGUGUAUCGAUUGAAGGCUACAAAACCCCUUACACAGAUGUCGACAUAGUCACAAUACGAGAGAAUACAGAAGGCGAAUACAGUGGAAUUGAGCAUGUGAUUGUUGAUGGCGUUGUACAGAGUAUCAAACUCAUCACGGAAGAUGCAAGCAAACGUAUUGCUGACUUUGCAUUUGAGUAUGCCAGAAACAAUCAAAGAAGCAAAGUUACAGCUGUGCACAAAGCAAACAUUAUGCGAAUGUCUGAUGGGUUGUUUCUGAAAAAAUGCAGGGAAGCAGCAGAAAACUGUAAAGAUAUUAAGUUUAAUGAAAUGUAUCUCGACACUGUGUGUCUGAAUAUGGUGCAGGAUCCAUCUCAGUUUGAUGUCCUUGUUAUGCCAAACUUGUAUGGUGACAUUCUUAGUGAUUUGUGUGCAGGCUUGAUUGGGGGUCUUGGAGUUACACCAAGUGGGAAUAUUGGUGCUAAUGGAGUUGCAAUCUUUGAAUCGGUUCAUGGAACAGCUCCAGACAUUGCUGGGAAAGACUUGGCGAAUCCAACAGCGCUUCUCUUGAGUGCGGUGAUGAUGCUGCGACACAUGGGAAUGCCAGAAUAUGCCACAAAAAUAGAAGAUGCAUGUUUUGAUACAAUCAAAGAUAGGAAGGUCUUGACCAAAGAUUUGGGAGGUAACGCAAAGUGUUCGGAGUUCACAGCAGAGAUCUGCCGCAGAGUAAGGGAUAAAGAAUAAAGCUUCUUCAUAGCUUGUCGGUUUCAGUCACUCCUGGUGGAAUCUGUUACUAAAACACAUUAGCUAUCUGCAAUACAUAUCCAUUUUGUUUGUCUUUCUCUUGAGGAAAGCAAACUUUUAGACAGGGAGCCUCUUUGUUAAAUAAAUUCAGCUCUAAUGGAUGCAAUUAUUCUUGUGCCUGCGUUUUGGUGGACUUUUUCCAAGUGCUUGUUCUUUUUAUUUAUUACAUAUGAAACACAUUUUUAUAGAACAAAAUUCCUUUUAGCAUGAAUUGCACGAAAUGGUCAACCUUCUUCCAUUUCAAGUCCUCCUGUUUUCCAGAAACACUUGAUGUUAAGUCUCCAGAUACGCGGAAGUUAAAGGAGGCUUGGUCUGUUUAAAAGUCUGUUAUCCAUUAGGAAUACAAGAGGGAAUACAGCCUCAAAAUAGCACAAUAUAUUUUUCUAAAGCAAAAGAUCUAUAUGAGACUAGAAAAAUUGUUGAAAAGAGCUCCAUCUGUUCUUGCACGUGAAACCUAUCCUUCAAAAGCAUAAAUAAAGACUUGCAACUGUGGGAAUAUUAAAUGAGUUUCAGCUAUUGUAUAUAAAAUGGAAGGUAUCUCUAACCUUUUGGGACUGAAAGAAUACUGUUAAAAGUACAUUUUGACCACACUUUUAGACUUCAGAGUUUCUCUACACAUUACCUAUUUGCUCUAGCAUUCCUCAAUGAAGAUUAGUUAUACAACUUGAUUUUGUCUGUUACAUAUUGUGAAGGAAUGUUUAAUGCUUUCCUGCCUAGAUGGAUAUCAAUGUAUACUUUACAACUGCUACUGUAAUGUAAUGGCUUUUGUAUUGUGCUCAAGGUUUGAUAUAGAUCUUCAGUUUACAUUUAAAUAGGCAAGUUGGUAAUUAAUGGAUUUCAAUCCACUCAAAUGGAAGAUGAAUGACAGACUAUACAGCUGAUCUGAGGCAGAAGGAGGGAUCAUGGGAGGCUCAUAGCUGCUGCUAGCAACAGCAGCCCUGCAUGUCCUCGUCUGGCGACAUGUGGUAAUACAAAUUGCAUGACAUGGUUAUCAUUGAGCUGUGCCAUCCCCCAGUCAGCAGCAGAUGAAGUGGGACAGAGAAUCUCCUGGUAUAAUUUUGUAUGUGUUGUAUUUAGCAGACAUUACAGGGGGGCAGGGCAAAGGAGGAGGACAUGCAGGGAUGCUUUGCAGCAACUUGUGUUUUCCAUCAGGUCUCCAUUUCAGCCAUAGUAUAAGGAAAUGUAUGGGUUUUGGGGGGGACGGGGAGGGAGAGAGCACUCUGACUGAAUGUUGUUGGAAGGCCAUAACCUGCCACCUUCACGCAUUAUGUGUGGGCAUACAUGUCAUAAACCUUUUGAAUGUGUUGGAAUAACACCCAUGCUCAGACACUCUCUCCAUUGUGCAUGGUACACUUGCAGUCUAUCCCAGGGCUAAUAUGAGAGGUGUGACUGAGCCUGUAGCUGGCCAGUGACUCCCUGUCUUGCAUGUUUUUUUCUCUCCGCACACACUGAAGCCAAACCAUGCAGAACUACUUGGCUUUACCACUACAGUUUCCCAUUUCAGUGUCCAAACAACCAGAAGUAGUGAUGAGACUGUGAGGUUUGGGGAGCUUUUUUUUUUUACUUUUUACUUCCGCAUUGAGAGGCAUACCAAGAGGUAACUUUCAGUCUUGCAUAUUAAUAUGGGUUUCUCAAAGAGCUUGGCAACAGAGCUGUUGCUUGACCAGAGUGUGUUGUAUUCUUGCUGCUUCCGUCUCUUGGAUUGUACUAAGUGACAGGGGUUACCAUUAGUGCACAAAGCGAGGAAAAAUAAAGACCUCCCAAAGA